CUCCCGCCGCCAAACUCACCACCAUCUUCUGCAUGUGCAACAUUUGCAGCCGGACAGAAACCGCUCCCCGGCGAUGGAGACUGCGGGAAAGAUCCAUCGCGGCGGGAUGGAUUGCUGAAACGGCAGCGGCAGCCGGGAGAGAGACAGAGAGGGAGAGAAUAGCAAACACACACUAAAACAAACCAAACAAAACCAGAAAAAAAAUAGGGGGGAAAAAAAGGAAGGAGAAAACCUCUCUUUUCCUUCCCCUUCCCUCUUUAUUUUAUUUUAUUUAUUUUUUUUAAUUCUUGAUUUUGUUCGUAGCCAACUCGUCCUCAAUGCCUCUCUAAGCAGCAGCGAGCGAGCGGGAGAAGGCGAGACAGAGAGGCAGAAAAGAAGAUGAGGAUAAUUUGCAGACAGCUUGUCUUGUUGUUUUCUGGCUUUUGGGGACUAGCAAUGGGAGCUUUUCCUAGCAGUGUGCAAAUAGGUGGUCUCUUCAUCAGGAACACAGAUCAGGAAUAUACUGCUUUUCGGUUAGCAAUUUUUCUUCAUAACACCAGCCCCAAUGCAUCCGAAGCACCUUUUAAUUUGGUUCCUCACGUAGACAACAUUGAAACAGCUAACAGCUUCGCUGUAACAAAUGCCUUUUGCUCCCAGUAUUCUAGAGGAGUUUUUGCCAUUUUUGGACUAUAUGAUAAGAGAUCAGUACAUACCUUGACCUCAUUCUGCAGCGCCUUGCACAUCUCCCUCAUCACACCAAGUUUCCCCACAGAGGGUGAGAGUCAAUUUGUGCUGCAGCUGCGGCCAUCUCUGCGGGGAGCCCUCCUGAGCUUGUUGGAUCAUUAUGAAUGGAACCGCUUUGUCUUCCUGUAUGACACAGAUAGAGGUUAUUCAAUACUUCAAGCUAUUAUGGAAAAAGCAGGACAAAAUAGCUGGCAAGUCAGUGCCAUCUGUGUGGAGAAUUUUAACGAUGCCAGCUACAGGCGGCUUUUAGAAGACCUGGACCGAAGGCAAGAAAAGAAAUUUGUAAUAGACUGUGAAAUAGAGAGACUUCAGAAUCUCUUAGAACAGAUUGUGAGCGUAGGAAAGCAUGUUAAAGGAUACCAUUAUAUUGUUGCCAACCUGGGAUUCAAAGAUAUAUCUCUGGAGAGAUUUAUGCAUGGAGGAGCCAAUGUGACUGGAUUUCAACUAGUAGAUUUCAGUACUCCAAUGGUAGCUAAGCUGAUGCAGCGCUGGAAGAAGCUGGACCAGAGAGAAUACCCAGGAUCUGAGACCCCGCCGAAGUAUACAUCUGCAUUAACAUACGAUGGAGUACUUGUGAUGGCUGAAACUUUCCGUAAUCUCAGAAGACAGAAAAUUGAUAUUUCAAGGAGAGGAAAUGCUGGUGAUUGUCUCGCUAACCCUGCGGCUCCAUGGGGUCAAGGCAUUGAUAUGGAGAGGACAUUAAAACAGGUUCGAAUACAAGGAUUGACAGGAAAUGUUCAGUUUGACCAUUAUGGUCGCAGAGUCAACUACACCAUGGAUGUCUUUGAGCUGAAGAACACAGGCCCUCGAAAGGUUGGUUAUUGGAACGAUAUGGAUAAAUUAGUUUUGAUUCAGCAUGAACCUACACUUGGAAAUGACACUGCAGCUAUGGAAAAUAGAACAGUAGUUGUCACUACAAUUUUGCCUCUGAUGAAGAAUCCUAUUUUAAGAAAUUGAUCAAGGAAGAAAAGAGUCCCAAGAUGCUGCGAACAUUCCUAUCUAAGGCUCGAGUAUUAACCACCAGUCUAGUAGCAUUGAGCUAAUUUUUCCAUAUGGAUUACUGUUCCUCUGACUGGAUGACCAGGCACUGAACCACCAAGAAAAGUUCUGAGACAAAUCUGAAAUAUCUAGAACAGAUGACGUAAACCUUCAACUUUGCCAAGCUGAGAAGAGAACGAUGUGAAUAACAUGCUUUCAGUCGAAAUUUUCCUCUUAUACCAAUCCUGAUUUCUUUGACUGAAGCUGCCAUACAUGAAUACUGUAAUUUCUAUAAAUAGCUCCAAGUUUAGGAGAAGCAAGUAAAAAAAUAUAAUGAAAAAUAAUAUAGGAGGUUCCUGUUUGACAGAAAGGGGGGGAAAAAAAGAGAAAACGAGAAAGCUUUUAAAAUGUGUUACCUUGCCUGUCCUGUUUGCAUUGAAGCAUUUUGAUGUGCAUAAUAAAUGUUAUCUUCAAAAGAACUUUUCCAGUUCCUGUAUUGAAAGGACUGGUGAGAUCAUUUUCGAAACCAAAAAGCUGAAUUAAUAUUCCAAAGCAUGCCCUGUGUUUAUGCAGCAUGUCAUUUUGGGAUAAAUGCAGUUACUUGAAAGCAGCUCUGCUUCUUGACCAAAAGUGUCCCCUUUCAGUGUUUCAAAACCACAGUGCAAGAGAAAUAUAUCAGAAUUUGGUUUGAAUAAGAAUAUAUGGUGAAUUAUGCCUUAUCAUGCCCAUCUCCUACUGGGAGCUGCCAACAUGAUGCUGACGGCAGAUAAGAAUGAUGGUCAGAAUGAUGAUUCUUACCAUUGGCCUGUCAGGGCAAUGUAUUUAGCAUCCAUAAGCAUAUGAUCACACACACAAAGAAAAGAUAUAUUUAAUCAGAAUAACUUUCAGAAUGCUGUUACUUUGCUCUUCUCUGUAUUAUAGUCAUGCUGCAAAUGCCAAGCAGAGACUUUUUUUCACCUCUUCAUUGCCAUCUUCACGUUGAAGAGAAGUUGAACCGUUGUAAUGACACAUACAAUUUUGGUUGUGUGCUUAUUUUCUGACAGUAAACUGAAGAGCUUCUGCAGCCAAUGCUGUCAGGCUUUUCAGUCUUCAAAGGCAGGUGUUGCAGCACAAGAAAAGUUUACCAGUUUCAGCAUAGGUUGUUUUUAUUUUUGCCUGAAGCCAAAUAGCACAAGUUGAUUUGCCCACUGUUUCCUCUGGUUUUAUGUGCCUAUGCUUACUUUGCUGUAGCGUGGCUGUGUGGCUAUUGCAUAGAAGGUGCAUUACGACAUUGUGAUAAUGAGCUCUGCACUCAGUGUGAUGUUUGCUGCCUGGCAAAGUGUUUAGUUCAUUUGUAACACAGCAAGAGCACAUAGAAUUCAUUUUAUAGGUUUGGUUUAGUGCAUAGGCGCUCAACCUAUCUCUGAUUAGUCAUAGGGUAAAGGAACAACCCAGAGAAAGGUUCGGGGGCAGCUGAUGAGUUUAACUCUACCAGCAGCUGUGCAAUCCUGCUUUUUAUGGUUACUGUGAGAGACCUGUGUCUAGAACCCAGCCUUCUGCACAUCUGACCCUCUAGAAGGGACAGAUUUUUCACCUGUGCAGAGAAGCAGUCCCUUGGUGGGUGAAGCUGGGGCCUCCAUGUGCACAGCAGACUCAUUGUAUGACUGGAGAAGGGACAUCAUGUGCAGAUCUCCUCUAACAUGAGAGAUUUAUCCAGCUGGGAAGAAUGAUCAUCUCUAAGCUAUCAAGUUGAGAAAUAUGGUGAUAAGUUGUUGAGGUAGAGUAUAGGGGAGUAGGCUGGAAAGACCUCUCCAGACUCUCUAAUCAAUUUCAUGACAGAGCCAACUCUCUACCUACUUUGAGACUGCAAAAGUAAAAAAAUCCCAAAAAUCUUUUAGAAUCAAAGCUCUGUCCAAGAGCUGCAUCUACAUUGUGACUUCCAGCUCAAUAUUUUAAUGAGGUAGUCAGUGUUGGCAGAUGAAGCUUUAAGGGCAGGAUUCAGUUCAAGACUGAGUCACCUAAAUGUAAAUUACUUUAUAAAGGUAUUGAUUCAGUUGCCCACUUACAAGCACUCAGUGACAUUUAAGUUCCUUAGGGUUUACUGCCAUUUCCUACACUGGCAGGAUGACACUUGUCCAUCUCAUGCCAUAUAUGACCACUCCAUCUAGAUGUCUCAGAUAGUGUAUAUUGUUUCAGGCAUAUGGGAUAAAUUGUGCCCCAAUCUGAGUUUUUGUCACAGUUGACAAAGGUUCAGAAAUUGAGUGAAUAGCCUAUAGGUGGAUGCCUGUCACUGAGGAUAUCAUACAUAUCCAUAAAGGAGCAGCACAAAGGACCUGCAGAACAGUACUUGCCUACCUUAGGGAGACUCAGAUGUCAGGUAACCUUCAUGAGGUAACUAAGAGCCACUCUCUUUUUUUUGCCUCUUAAUGGAGUCUUACCUCAAAAAUUCUGACUAUAGCCUUCUUCCUCAUAAUAGAAAAAUAUUUUUUCAUUAUAUAAAUUUUAUUAAAUAAAUCCUUGAAUAGACUGGAGGAAAAAAAAAACAAAGUUUGUUGCAUGACAAUGAGAAAAACUUCAGUCCGAAUCCUGGAGACUUUAUUAAAAAAGACAGAAAAAAAAUACCAAAACAAAAUGCAAGACCCAAAAACCAUUACAUUGGCAUCUACAGAAGUUUCUUUCAGUAUAAAGUGUGAUAAUAUGUGCCACUCCUCUUGUAAAAAUGAGACAUUUUCUUGCACAAAUACCUGUCACUUUUACCAAUUAUAUUUAGAAUCUUUAAGGAUUUUGAAAUGAACUUUAGAAUAGGAAAGCCAAACAUAGAUGUGUUUGCUACUUGAGUUAGUUACUUUCUCCAGCCUCCCUUAUAGUAUGAAUCAUCAGCUGUGAACAUUUUACUGUACAGAUGAAUUUGUGGCAAUGUGGUGGAAUGAUCUGUUUACAUCUACAAAGGUAACUGUUGCAGACAUCAACUUGUAUUUACAAAUGUUAAGAAUUGUUAUAAAAUUGUGAAUUAUAUAAGUAAAGCUUGCACCGUUUCAAACA